CAAAAUAUAAUUGAACUUUUAUUAUAAAAUAUUUAUGUACUGAAUACAGUAUGCUUAAAUAUUUAAUAAAUUCAGAUUCACAUGAUCCGCCAUCCAAUAAAUCAGAAGCUCAAUUAAUUUCAUUUACUCCUGACGAGUUCUUUUUGCUAUAAACAAGAAAAACUCAAUUCCUCACCUCUACAAUUAUUCCAAACUCUCACAUACUCUCUAGUGCUCCGUCUAGUAUAUAUCUCAAAUAAUUGAGAAAGAUAAAAAAGAAAUAAAAAAUAGGAGAGGAGAGCAAUGACUUUGUUGAUGUUCAGUUUAACAUUGAUGACCAUUAUCUCGGCCGCUAAUUCCUGCCCGCCGUCGGACCAGGCAGCCCUGAUGGCAUUCAAGGCGGCCCUCUCUGAACCUUACUUGGGCAUCUUCCAGUCGUGGUCUGGAACCGACUGCUGCAACAAAUGGUACGGCGUCAGCUGCGAUCCGACCACUGGCCGGGUCGUUGACAUAAACCUCCGGGGAGAGUCCGAGGACCCGAUAAUAGCCAAGGCAGGCCGGUGCGGUUACAUGAAGGGUUGGAUCUCACCCGAGAUCUGUAACCUCGAAAGUCUCACAACGCUCAUCCUUGCUGACUGGAAGGGAGUUUCUGGCGAGCUCCCUUCUUGUCUCACUUCUCUCUCUUCACUACGUAUCCUCGAUUUAACCGGUAACCAAAUUUCCGGCAAAAUUCCAGACAAAAUCGGUUCGCUGCAAAAGUUAACCGUACUAAAUCUUGCUGACAACACCAUCAAGGGUGAGAUCCCCGCAGGAAUCGUCGAUAUCGGAGGACUUAAACACCUAGACCUCACCAACAACCAGCUGAGCGGGGAAAUCCCUUCAAAUUUUGGUAAACUCGGCAUGCUUAGCCGGGCGUUGUUGGGCCGGAACCAACUCACCGGGACUAUCCCGGAGUCCAUCUGCGGGAUGAAGCGUCUGGCGGAUUUGGACUUGUCCAUGAACCGGAUUUCAGGCCCGAUCCCAAGCAGUAUCGGGAAAAUGCGAGUUCUGUCGACGCUAAACCUCGACAGUAACUUGAUCUCUGGUGAAAUACCUCCGGCCCUUUUGAGCUCAGGAAUGGGGAUACUAAACCUGAGCCGAAACGCUUUAGAGGGUAACAUACCAGACGUUUUCGGUGGCGAUUCCUACUUUAUGGCACUUGAUUUGUCGUAUAACAACUUGAAAGGUCCGGUACCUGGCUCAUUGUCGGCGGCGAAGUUUAUCGGGCACUUGGAUAUUAGUCAUAACCAUCUAUGUGGGGCUAUCCCACUUGGGUCACCAUUCGAUCACUUGGAAGCGUCGUCGUUUGCUAGCAACGAUUGUCUCUGUGGUAACCCACUCAGCACAUGUUAGAAAAAAUAAUGAUGAGUGAGAUCGGCGGAUCCUAAGAUACAUGUGACACCCAAAUAUACGGGGCUGGGGCUGUAAUAACAUGUAAUAUUGUUUGUAAUGUUGAGUAUAUCAAAUGUGUAACUGUAAUUUGUUCAAGUCGUGAAUGUAUCUUGCUGCAGUAUCUGUGUGUGUUUUUUGGUUUUUUUGUAAUUUAUUAAUGUAAUACCAGGUUUAUGUUUAAUCCACGUGAUCAAGAACAGCA